ACGUGUAGAAAGAAAAUAUCAAAUCACAAACACACUGAGAGAUUUGAAGCUUUGAACUCUAAUUCUCACAAUCUCACUACUACUUGUGCUCUUUCUCUCCAAAGAUGCCUCAAGGAACGCUUGAAGUUCUUCUCGUCAGCGCCAAAGAUCUCGAAAACACCGAGUUUCUCUCCAAGAUGGAUCCCUAUCUCAUUCUCACUUGCCAGACACAGGAACAGAGAAGUAGUGUAGCAUCAGGUCAAGGAUCUGAACCACAAUGGAAUGAGAGCUUCGUUUUCACAGUCAGUGAUGGUGCUUCAGAACUCAAUCUGAAGAUAAUGGACAAAGAUACUUUCACUAAGGAUGAUUUUGUUGGAGAAGCAACCGUUCCUUUAGAUCCACUGUUCACUGAAGGAAGUCUCCCACCAACUGCAUACAGUGUUGUCAAGGAUGGGGAAUAUUGUGGAGAAAUUAGAGUUGGCCUGACUUUCACUCCAGAGAGAAGUAGUAGUCGGGAGUGCUGUGAAGAGGAGCAGAACUAUGGUGGAUGGAAAGAAUCCUCCGAGGAGGAAAGUGUGAGAUUUGUUUAUCAGUCACAGAUGUUGGAAAAAUCUUCAGAAUUUCCUUUGCGUUGCGUCAUUGUGCCAUACCUGGUUAUGCUUCGAGUUGUUAGUUGAACCAUUGGUUUGUAUGGAAAAAAAUCAUCUUAUGAAGAUUGAC